AUGAGCAACGAAUCUGCGUUACCAUACUACACGGCCCAAAGCAGCCGUGCAGUGAGCAUGUUUAAUACCACCAUGGGGAAGCUGCAGCGGCAACUGUACAAGGGAGAGUAUACCGUAUUCAAGUACGCGCCCAUGUUUGAGAGUGACUUCAUCCAGGUCAACAAAAGAGGAGAACUGAUUGAUGUGCACAACCGUGUGCGGGUGAUGACUGUGGGCAUCGCAUCCACCAGCCCCUGCCUCCCGCUGCCUGAUGUCAUGCUGCUGGCCCGACCAGCUGUCCUCAGUAAAGAGGGUGCCAGGCACGGCCACAACCCCCCGAGGGGAGGCCACAAGCCUACAAAGACCUUAGAGCUAACCAGACUGCUUCCCUUGAAGUUUGUAAAGAUAUCCAUCCAUGACCAUCAAAAACAGCAGCUCCACCUGAAGCUUGCCAACGGUGGCUCUUUUUACCUUCAGCUGUGUCACUCGGCAGAUGCAAGAGAUCUGUUCACUUAUUGGGAAAAAAUCGUUUGCCUCCUGAGAUCACCAGUGGAUUACAACUGUACCCAGGCCAAACUACCUGGGAAGACAGUGGGCAAAAGUGGGCAAUUUGAGGCAGAGGAAAAGAACACGUUAGAUAUUUCAAAAACUGGGGAGAAGCCAAUCUACAACUAG